AUGAGUACAGAGACGCAAAUCCGUCAAAAGACCACCACCGCUGGCAUUCGGAAAAAGCCGUUUGCUGUUCCUCCAGUCAAAGUAGCAUGUCUAUCCUGUCGCUCCUCGCGCAUCCGAUGUGAUGGAAAAGAGCCAUGUUCAGGCUGCAAUUAUAGAGGAAAGGAGUGUGUAUAUGUUCAGAGUCGCAGGGGCGGUGCUCGCGUGCCACGAAACAGAAGGCAGGAGGAGUACGAAAAAGCAGAUUACGUGAAGAUUGCACAGGAUUAUGCUGUCGAGAUUGUGCUAAUCCGAGAACUGCANNGUAUAUCUGUGCCUGCCAGGCUUCAAUUGUCAGCUCUGCGNCCACCGGCAAUACCUCUUUUCGACUCUCGCUUCACAACUAGCUUCCCUCAAGCACCAGACCCAGAGGUAAGGACCACCAGAGUUUUAGAAGGAGCGCAAGUCGUGGAAUCUAACAUUCUCCCACCANNGGCAUGGCCAUUCUUUAUAAAAUCGCAACAGACCAUUCUUCUAGCAACCCAAUUCGUCUCUGCAGUAGGCCGCGCAGUAGACGGUCAAGAAGACUGGACAGACAUAUCCUCCCGCAUGCAAGAUCUACACAACACCAUCGAACCACUGAUAGCCCAAUCGGUCAACUGGACAGACACGAAACCGACGACCACUGACCCCGAAGCUCUCGUGGCAUACUCGUUGAAGCAAAUGUCCAAGAUCAAGUUGAACAGUGCAAGGAUAAAACUCCACCGCUACUGCGCCUUUUUCGAUAUCCCCGUAUUUUCAGAAAAGCACUGCGAUCUUAAGAGAUCUGAACCUUGGCCGACUACCGGUCCUUUGGACCAAAUGUCUUUAACGCCCUCGCCUGGAGUAUCCUGUGGUUGCUCCUCCUCUUCUCUACCGACCCAGAUGCCCAGUCUUACAACAUCAGUCUCACCAGACUCUUCCUCAUCAAGCACAGCAGAGUACUUCCACCCAUUCCCUUUCAGCAACCACCUAUCCUCACGACUGUGCUUAACCUCUGCUCUCGCUAUUGCUUCUGCCUUUGAGGCUUUGCCAUUGCCUUAUUCGUCCUCGCCGCUUGCUCCUCGCAUGAUGCCGAGUUUUGCUUGUUGUGCGAUGCAGAGUGCUUAUGCAUUGCUGAUGGUGUACCAUCGUACGUGNGUGCUUGCGCAACAGGACAACGAGCUGCAGGCACAGAGUAAAGCAGGGCAGUUGUUGGGGAGGUGUGAGGAGGGGUUGAGGCGUGUAUUGCAGGCAUUGGAGAAUUAUUCUGUUGCGUUUGAGGCGUUNGGGGGUAUGAGGGAUCAGAUUCAAGCUGCGGUUGACUGUCUUAGCUUAGCUGAGUAA